AUGGAUUCGGCAGACCAGCAGCAGAUCCAUGUGAUCCAGCAGCCGAUCCGAUUGCCCUGCGGUUUGGAGCUGACCAACCGAUUAGUCAAGGCUGCUAUGGCCCCUUGUCUUGCCAAAGCAGGCCAGCCGACCCCGGAACACCACAGGCUGUAUAACCAGUGGUCUCAGGACCGAUUCGGUUUAUUAAUCACUGAAAACGUACAAGUUUGUCCUCGCCAUCUGGCGACUCCAACUGAUAUCGCAAUCCGCCAUGGAGCCGAGAAAGAUCCGAUUCCGACGAGUUGGCAGGCAUGGGCAAAAGUGUGUGGGCCGCGGUGUUUGGUACAACUGUCGCAUGCAGGCUUGCAAUCGCCUCGAGGAUGUGGAAGGACUCUGGGGGAUAGGCCGAUCGGUCCAAGCGCGAUGCGGGUGUGUCUUGGCAAUCGACUCAUCGACCGAUUGGUCGCCUGGGCCCUCUUCGAUCACGCCAGAGAGGCUUCCAAGGACGACAUCAAUCUGAUCAUCGAACAGUUCCGUGCCGGCGCUCUGUUCUGCCACCGAGCCGGCUUUCAAGGUGUUCAACUUCAUUGCAGUCACGGGUUUCUCUUGAGUGAAUUCUUAAGCGCCAAGACCAACCAACGGCACGAUGAGUAUGGAAUGAGUGCCACCAAUCGACUGCGGAUCUUAUUCCAAAUCAUCGACGCCAUUAGGUCUAGUGUACCCGAAUCGUUUUGCUUGUCCAUCAAACUUAAUUGCUCAGAUCUGUCGGUGGGUUGUUGGACCACACUUUCCCAGCCUUCGAUUGAACGUCCCUCGAUUGUCACUCGUGGGGGGAUCGACUUGAUUGAAAUUUCAGGAGGGACUUACGAGAAUUGUCCCACGUCGAAGGAGGAAGUAACCCCACAGCCCAAGAGUAAAAAGAAAGGGGUGGACAGAAGGGAGGCGUACUACGUUGAAUUUACUCAAGAGGCUCGUCGAGUUCUGCGCACGAUCUCUACAGAAUCUCGGCAGCCUUGUCCAAUCCUGAUGACCACUGGCGGCUUUCGCUCUCGAAGUGGGAUGGCCGCGGCGAUCUCGAAUGAGGAAACUGAUCUGAUUGGGCUUGGACGACCGGCAUGUCUGGAUCCCUUGCUGUCCACCAAGAUCCUCGACAGCAACCUGGCCAAUUACGUCUCUCCGAACCCUCCCGUGCCUGGUGUGACCUUGUGGAAGAUCCUCGUGCCCGUCAAAUUGGCAUACAUGGCAGUUGCAUCGCAUGUCCCGCUAUCAGCCACCUGACCUCGCCUGUACCGCCUUGGGUUCCUUGCGGGUCAUUCUGCCUCUCGAUGCUCUUCUGGCUUCCUUGGCCAUCUUGCUAUCUCUACUGGC